AUGUCAUCUUCAGCCAAGGAUGAUGAUGGGGGUUCUGAAUGGCUGGUGAGCCUCCUCAGUGAGAUCCAGCUGGGUCAGUUUUACUCCAAGCUGCGGGAUGACCUUCAGGUUACAAGACUGGUCCACUUCGACUAUGUGAAGACUGAAGACUUGGAAAAGAUUGGCAUGGGAAAGCCGGCCAUUCGGCGUCUGAUGGAUGCUGUGAAGAAACAUAAAUCGCUCCACAAAAAAGGCAUUUUAGACAAAAUCCUACCUGGCACAAAGACAGGGAGUGAGAAGAGCAUACCCCAGCAUAAUCAGUCUAGCCCCCGUCAUAUAGAGAAUGGAGAUAUGAAUUUGACUUGCCUGAUUGACAAGAAGAAUGUGUAUGUGUUUGACAAACUUGGCACUGGCUCUUUUGGUAUUGUUCGACGUGGUGAAUGGGUGACCCCUUCAGGGAAGAAGAAAACUGUGGCGGUGAAAAUUUUGCGAAGGGAUGCUCUCUCCCAGCCUGGAGCUUUUGAAGAUUUUGUAGAGGAAGUUAAUGCUAUGCACACCCUGAAGCAUCCAAAUCUAAUUCAUCUGUAUGGAAUCGUCCUGUCUACACCACUAAUGAUGAUAGCCAUUGGCAUGAGCUUCUUGGAGUCCAAGAGGUUCAUCCACCGGGAUUUGGCUUGUAGGAAUGUCCUUCUGAAAACUGACGAGCUGAUUAAAAUCGGGGACUUUGGUCUCAUGAGAGCCUUGCCCAGUCAGACAGAUCACUACGUCAUGUCGGAGCAGAAGAAGGUCCCUUUUGCUUGGUGUGCCCCAGAAAGUUUGAAGUCCAGGCAGUUCUCUCAUGCCAGUGAUGCCUGGAUGUUUGGUGUGACACUGUGGGAGAUGUUUACUUAUGGUCAAGAACCUUGGCUUGGUUAUAAUGGUUCUCAGAUCCUUCAUAAAAUUGAUGUUGAAAACGAACGCCUGCCUCAGCCUCCAAGUUGCCCCAGUGACUUCUAUCAGCUGAUGGUCCAGUGUUGGUCUCACAAGCCUCAGGAUAGACCUUCUUUCUUAGCUCUGAAGGACCUUCUGUCAGAACUGAUACCAGAGAAUGUGAAGGCAACACAAGCUUUUAAUGAGGAAGGGCGGCUGAAGGUUGAGGAAGGGGACCUAAUUACGGUUAUAGAAGGGAAACCUGACUGCUUCUGGUGGACUGGGCAGAACAGACGAACAGCAGACAUCGGAACAUUUCCCCGUGUCUUGGUUGAAGUGCAGAGGAAGCUGGGAACUGCUGAUAUCAGUGUCCCGUUGAAAAACAGCUUCAUCCACACAGGACAUGGGGACAUUCGAGGCAACAACUGGGGAGAUCCUGGGGAGAUUGAUGAUGUGUACCUGAGAAACCCUAUGGAUCCACACGACUUGCAUGAGGAAGAUGUCAGCAUUGCCAGUCAAUUUCGGACUAAAAUCCAGUUUGGUAGUUCUCAAUUCAGCUAUAACAAAUUAAAAAAUGAACCCAAUCCGAAGCAUUCAAGCUCUGAUCCUAGUCGACAGAGACAGUUACAGACACAAAACCAGAGCCAGCAGAAACAGCAGCCAUUAAAGAAGCUUCCAACGCCACACACGGGACAACCUCCCAGUCUCCCGACACAAGCCGCUCAAGGACUUUUCCCACAGAGUCCUCUAGUCAGUUCACCAGGAUCAGUCUUCAGACCUGGGAUUGAAUCUGGUAACAGGGAUGAUCAAGAUGUCGAUCCUGUUUCCAAGGGAAUUAACACCAGCUUAUCCUUGAAUAUUCUAGAAGGCGGAUGUAGCCCGCAAGUCAACUCAGGGGGUCUUCUCUAUUGCGAGCCUCCUGAUGAUGGUGAUAGAAAGUAUUCCUCACUUCAGUUCAUGACCAGGUCUUCAGAAACAUUUGACAGUCAAAGAUUUUCUUCCCUUUCCGCGGAUAUAGCUCAGAGUGUACAAACACAACCUGGAUUAGAUUCCGUGUUUAGAGAACAUUUAACUAGCGUUAUACAACCUGCUGCAGGAAAUGGCAGGUGCAAUUCUGUUAGCCUGCCGCUGAUACAUCCACCCACUUCUAGACACUCCAGUCAAUCAAGAAAUCCAUUUCACAAAUCACAGAAUGUACCCCACAGCGUAUUGAAACCCACUGCCACCCAGCUGGAUUUUGAUCGAGCAAAGACAGAAAAGGCAUUUGAUUGGCUGAAAGAUGCGCUGAAAAGUGACCUGUCCAGCCCACAGAAGUCCAUGAACAAAAGUGACAAGGGCUUUCCGUUUACAGCAGACGUGAGUGAAAACUCUCCUGAGCCAGCCACAGUAAGAUCAGACAAUAUUACAUUGUAUGAUAGCAUGCAUGAAGAGAUUAAUGACCAGUGUCGUUACACCAAUCAGAUUGGGAGCGGCUUGACAGAUUACACAAUAUUCUCACAAACAGGAUAUACAGACCCUGGCGGUAAAUUCUCCUUACCUUCAAAUCAGUAUUCAAAUCCCUUGGAGGAUAUAUAUGCUAAUACUGGUGCAGUUUUAGCCCGUUCUGGAAGCACCUACAGUCAGACAUCAGUGUCCCCUAGAGAAAACUAUAUGUGCACUUCAAAUUUUAGUGACUGCACUUGGGACGAUGAAUUUGAUGAUGACGAUUUUGAUGACACCUCUGUGAAAGGUUGUAGAAUACAAGAUUCUGAUUCCAUAGCUGCUGUACCUCCUCCUCUUCCUCCGAGAACCUACCACAGUAUUGCUAGUGCUGACCACACAAAGACUGCUCAGAAUCAGCCGUACAUCCUGCCGUUGAAGCGAGAUGGCCAACAGUUGAGGAUGUUUCAUGGGCUGGACCGUAAAUAUAUUACCCGAGUUUUGUUUUUGAAUGAGGGGAAUGAAUUUAAGGAAUGA